GUUGUGAUGUUUUUCCUGCAUCGGUGGUGUGUUAUUUUUUGUUGCGAUCGAGGAAUGUGGAAUUCACUUCGGAACAGAUUAGCUUAAACUUCCUGUCCCCCCCGUUCGUCGUCGAGUGCACUUGUGUCGCUUUCGAUAUUUUGCUUCCCAGUCCCGUGGGACCGUGUGUGAGCUCGAUUGGGCCUGCAGUUUCUCGUUCCCGUAGUCAAGCCGCGUCGGCAAUACUUACCACCCUAAUCUGCGUAAUAAAAGAGGGACUGGUGGUGUGAACGCAUCGAUAUGCCUAACGCUGACGUGUAGUAAUGGUGCAGCUCUCGGGUGCAUCUGGUGAUUAGUUUUUCGUGCGUUGUGUACAUAAAACAGUCGUGCUACGCAAAACGACGUGACUUCAAACGGCUGGUGCAAUAUAGUGUAUACGGAAGUAAUUUUACCACACGAAGAGGCUAGAUUCAAAGGUGAAGGGUUGUUUAUGGUGCUACCGAUAGGAAGGAAAACAUAGUUUUAACAAUAGAACUGGAGGAAGCAGUACAUUGAGACACGGGAUUUGUGACAACACAAGGCAACAAUCGGAGUAGGAAAAAAGGUGUCAUAUUGAGUAACAACUGGAUCAACAGACCGCCGCAACAAUAGAAACAUCUGUCCAGCCGUAAAGCAACACAAAGUGCCACGAUGACGAACCAGAAACCGACUGCCACCUGCCGGCUAAAACAGGAUUACAUGCGACUGAAACGGGAUCCAGUACCAUACAUCACAGCGGAACCACUACCAUCGAACAUCCUGGAAUGGCACUACGUGAUCAAGGGACCGGAAGAUUCACCGUACUACGGCGGCUACUACCACGGGACGCUGCUGUUCACCAAGGAGUUCCCAUUCAAGCCCCCCUCCAUCUACAUGACCACCCCGAACGGACGGUUCAAGACAAACAAGCGGCUCUGCCUGAGCAUAUCGGACUUUCACCCGGACACGUGGAAUCCGGCCUGGUCCGUGGCGACCAUCCUGACCGGGCUGCUGAGCUUCAUGCUCGAGUCGACGCCCACGAUGGGGUCGUGCGAAACGACACCGGCGGAAAAGCGCCGCUACGCCCAACAGUCGCUCGAGUUUAACAUGAAGAACGAGGUGUUCCAGGAGCUGUUUCCCGAGAUUUGCGAGGAAAUCGGCGAACGGUUGCAGAAGAUCGAGGAGCAGCGGAAACAGGCGGCCGCCGCCAGUGCGGAGAACGGCGCGGACAGUGCGGCAGGCGAGACGGCAACGGCGGACGGUGGCAUGUUUGUGGCGGGAGGUCGAUCCGGUAUCGACGACAGCAACAUUUGGCACUCGCUCUACACCAAUCUGAUCGUGCUGGUAGGGUUCGUCGUGUUUGCGCUAAUAGUGCAUUACGUCAUUAAGAGCAUGAACAUUUAAUAAUGGCACGAAGCGCCGGGUGAAGCGAGAGGUUUCGUUGUGUUUGAGCGUGCAUCAACAUCAAUGCGCUGCACUAGGGGCUGCACGUUUUGGCCAGGUGUGAGCUGUGUGCGUGAGUUGCGGCGUAUUCGGAAGCGUUGGAGCGCCGCAAAAAAUGCUCACCAUCACUAUCGCCUAGCGGUGAGGCAUAGUCUUUGUUCUGCAGCAAACUAAUCCUCCAAGAGGAAUGUUCUAAUUUGUAACCGCUAAUAAUAUACAUAGUGAAGCGACAACAGCAAUGAAACAAAACAAAACAAAAAGUGCGAGAAAGAGGUCGGCAAUUGUGAGAGCCAUUUGCUUUCAGCAUAAUGCGCCACUAAACCAUUAUACCAAAACGGCUUGGCUCUAAAGGAAGGUAAAUAUGCAGUAAAACAAAAUUCUAAGCAUCGUAUUACAAAAUUCAAAUCGGAAACCCUCGGGCAAGAGUAACGCAAUUGCAAUGCAACCGACGAAAACAGGGAACGAACGGAUCUGGUUCUGUUGUUUUUCUUCUCUGUACCAUAUACAUAAUUUUAACACGUUUCACCUUCCUUUGUUGCUCUCCCGCAAUGCCAUCCAUUGCCUGUGCCCGUUCAACGACGACUCUACGUUGGGGUUACCGAAUUGUCCGAAAUUGGAUUUUACAGCUAACCUAUCGAUGGUCGAUAUACAAUUAUUAAAACAAAUAGUGUAACGUUACAAUAGCAGUAUAGUGAACAUAUAUGUAACGAAACUACAACUACCAGUGGUCGUGAGGGGUUUGUUCGAUGCGGCUGUGCUCAUUUAAAAAGAAAAAAAAAAUAGAAGCUCUAAUAAACAUUUGAACCGA